CCGGCACGCCGUACCCCCGUGGCCGCUUCGGUGUCCUCCACCCACCGGCCUCCGCGGACCACGGCCAACAUUCUCACUCCUCCAGGACUCCACAUCGCUCAUGUCGGCCCACAAGGAAGCCGUCCCCCAGUACCUGCUUGAGGACGCCAUUGCCUCGGGCGCGGGCGCGUCCACGCACGUGGUCGUCACGCAGCCCCGCCGCAUCGCGGCCAUUAGCGUGGCAGAGCGCGUGGCGGACGAGCGCGGCGAGCCCGCCCCCGGCAGCCCCGGGCCCGCCUCCACCACCGGCUACCAUGUACGACUGGGUGCGGCGGUGACGCGGCACACGCGGCUCACGUUCUGCACGACAGGUAUUUUGUUGCGGCGGCUGGCAGGCGACCCCAGCCUGCGCGGCGUCACACACGUGGUGGUGGACGAGGUUCACGAGCGCUCGCUGCAGUCCGACUUCCUCAUCGCGCUGCUGCGGGACCUGCUUGCGGCGCGGAGGGCGGAGCGCGAAGCGCUGGCGGCGGCGGGCGGCGGCGGCGGCCCCCCGCCUCCUCAGCUCAAGGUGGUGCUGAUGAGCGCGACCCUAGACGCCAAGCUGUUUGCGGGCUACUUCGGCGGCUGCCCGGUGCUCCACGCCGCGGGCCGCACUUUCCCCGUCACCCGCAUGUUCCUGGAGGACGUGUACGGCAUGACCGGCUACCGACUGGCCAGCGACGCCCCGGCGGCGCUGCGGCGGCGCGGCCCCACCACCGCGCACCAGUACACGCAGUCCGCUGUGGGCGGCAGCAGGGCGGCCCGCGACCUGGUGUCUCGCGGCUUCGGCGACGAUGAGUCGCUGGCCGCGCCCCUCAACCCGGACUACGACCCCGAGGCCUACAGCACCGACGUGCCCGUGUUCGUGCGGCGCAACCUGGCGCGCCUGGACGAGCACCGCAUCGACUACGACCUACUGGAGGCGCUGCUGGGGCACAUCGACGCCACGUCCGAGCCGGGCGCGGUGCUGGUGUUCCUGCCGGGCAUCGGUGAGAUCAACAUGCUGUACGACCGGCUCACAGCGCAGCGCGCCUUCUCCAACAAGGGCCCGGCGGGCGGCGCGCGCUGUGUGGUGCUGCCGCUGCACAGUGCGGUGCCGCCGGCGGGGCAGCGCGCGGCGCUGCGGCCGCCGCCGGCAGGGCUGCGCAAGGUGGUCCUGGCGACCAACAUUGCGGAGACGUCUCUGACCAUCGAGGACGUGGUGGCGGUGGUGGACACGGGCCGGCACAAGGAGCGCAGGUUCAACCCCAGCCGCGCUAUGUCCAUGCUGGUGGAGGACUGGGUGUCCGCCGCCUCAGCGCAGCAGCGCGCCGGCCGGGCGGGCCGCGUGCGGCCGGGCGUGUGCUACGCCACCUACACCCGGCAGCGCUUCGAGGGCGGCGGCAUGCGGCGGUACGGCGCGCCCGAGAUCACCCGCGUGCCGCUGGAAGAGCUGGUGCUGCAGAUCCUGCUCAUGGGCCUGGGCCCGGUGUCCGAGUUCCUGGCGCGGGUGCUGGAGCCGCCGCAGCCGCGGGCCGUCACCGCGGCGCUGGAGGUGCUCAAGCAGGUCGGCGCAUUGGAGCCGCCCGCACCACCCACCACGUCCACCUCCACCUCCACACUCCAGCAGCCGUCAGGCCAGCCCCCACACCUCCCUCAGCAGCCCCAGCAGCCCCAGCAGCCCCAGCAGCCCCAGCAGCCCCUGCAGCCGCAAGCCCAGACCCCCGGGCAGGUCUCCAUGCCGCAGACCUCGGCCUCCAUCGCCUCCGCCGCCGCGCUGGCCGCCGCCCGCCGCGAGGUCCUGAGCCCCCUGGGUCGGCACCUGGCGCUGCUGCCCGUGGCGCCGCGCCUGGGCAAGCUGCUGGUGGUGGGGGCGCUGCUGGGCUGCCUGGCGCCGGCGGCCACCAUCGCCGCAGCCAUGAGCCACAAGUCUCCCUUCCUCACGCCCACGGAGGACCGCGGCGAGGCGGAGCGCGCGCGGCGGGCGCUGGCGGCCCCGGGUGGCGGCGGCAUUGCGGCGGGGCAGCAGAGCGACCACCUGCUGCUGGUGGCGGCCUACGAGCUGUGGCGGAUCGCCGGCAGCUCCAAGUACGGCGGCAGCGCCCGGGCGGCCGCCGCCUGCGCCAAGAAGCACUUCCUGCACGGCCAGACGCUGGAGCAGCUGGCGGAGAUGAGGUGCCAGCUGGCCGCGAUGCUGGCCGACGCGCGCCUGGUGCAGCCGGCCGGGGCUCGGGGUGGCGGCGGCGGCGGUGACGAGUUCGGCGGCGGCGGCGGCGGUCACGGCAAGGCGGCGCUGGCGGCGGCGGGCCAGUGGCUGGACGACCCCAUGGCGCCCUGGAACAAACACGCACGUGACCCGGUCAUUGUGAAGGCGGCGCUGGCGGCAGCGCUGAGUCCGGCGGUGGCGGUAAUGUGUGAGGACUCCAGCCCCACAGGGCCGCCGCGCUGGGCGGACGCGGCGCCGGGCGCGGGCGCCGGCGAGGAGGUGUUUGUGCACCCCAGCAGUGUGGUUCACGGCCUGGCCACGCCGCAGCUGGAGCAGCCCUACCUAGUGUACCUGGAGAAGAUGAAGACCUCGCGCCUGUACCUCCGCGAUGUGACCGCCACCUCGCCGCUGUCGCUGCUGCUGUUCGGACCCGAGCCACUCACCGUGCUCCACGCCGAGGGCGCAGUGGUGGUCGGCGGCACGGGGGCGGGGGCGGGCGGGGGAGCAGCAGGAGGAGGAGGCGUGCGCGUGGCGUGCCGGGCACAGACGGCGGUGCUGGUCAAGCAGCUACGCCGGGCUUUGAACAAGCUGCUGGAGCAGCGUUUCCGGGGCGCGGGCGGGGGUGGAGGCGGGGCGGGAGGGGAGGGCGCGUGGCGUGGCGGCGCGCUGGGUGAUGCGGUGAUUGCUGCGGUUCGUCAGAUGCUUCGGGAGGAGGACGACCAGAGGUCACUGGCAGCCAAGCUGACGUAGCGGGGCUGCGCGUGGCCGUGGGGUGUGGCCGUGGGGGUGUGGUAGGUUGGCUGGGAUGGCACACUGCUGCGGUGUGUGACAUGUGUGGGACCGAGCGACUGCGUGCGUGGUGGAAGAAUGGAACGACGUAACAGGGCAAGGGAAGCACUUCGCUGACAUAGUUGACUGCCGAGAACCGCCCCCGCGCCAACGGCGGUGGAAGAAGGCAAAGUACCGGUAUGCGGUUGCAGGAAUCGCGCGUUUGGGUGAUGCAGGAAGGCAGGAAGGGAGGCUUUCCUGGGCUGUUUGUGAUCGCUGAGCGUCUGGUGGCCUUGCAGGUGUGUGCUCUUACUCUCAUGCUGCCGAUCAGGCUGGUGUGUGUAGCACUGUAACUGUCUCAGGUAGCAUGUGAUAGAGCUGUUGCUUUCAGCUGGCUAGGUCGUGUCUGGGCGUCUGGAAGGCAGGGCGACACCUCUGCGGGGUGUCACUGUGUGAGCAGUUGCGGGGUGUCACUGUGUCAGCAGUUAACAAAAUGAAGGCGCGGACAGGCGGGCUGCGCAGGAUGGAGGAGCCAUGCACGGCAGCGGGGCCCAUCAGGUCCCAAAUUUUGUAUGGACCGAACCAAUUCGGUGCCGCCCUUGCGCUCAGUGUUUUAUAGCGAAGAUGGCCUGCACGGCUCAUUAAAAGGC